AGUUCAGUGUCUCUGCCUCUGUACACUGAGCAGCAGCCCUGCCCAGCAAUCACUCAGGUCUACAGGUCACUUACACGUCAGGUGGUUUUAUCCCCAAGUAUGAAGGCAAAGAAACCGCUGACACUCGGCUCUUAAUUGAACAUAAAGCCUGUGGCUGUGAGGAAUGGCGCUCCUAAGCCCUAAGAUUUUCUAUAUGGUGUUUGUCACAGUACUUGCCUGCGCCACUUUAAUGCUUUCUUGGGAAUUUUUACCUGAAAACAUCGGCUGGCCGACCUUCUCUGGAUACAGACCCAAAGAUGAGAGCUUUGUUAUUGUUGGGAAUUUUAAACUCUGGGGCACAAAAGGAAACUCGACUCGACCACCUGAUGAUCUUAAGACACACGGAGAUAAACUUGCUGUUUCAGCAAAGGCAAACUCCGUGUCAAACCCCAAAACUGACCCUCAGAGAGUCUCCACACGUGAACCUGAGACUCCCAUGCCUCCUCUCGACAUAAAGGCCUACAAGAAGCUUCCUAUCUGGGACUUUGAGGAUGUUUAUAACCAGGAUGCCCUACCCAUGCAGACUACUUGUGCCCAAUCUCUGCGAAAGUCCAAGAAUGAGAGCUUCAAGAAGACUUUCCUUCCCAACAUCCGUAUGUAUAUGUAUAAAGACAACGUCAACAUGAGCGAGUGGAACAGGCUGUCACAUUUUAACAACCCUUUUGGUUUUUUGGGAUUCAAGUAUGAAGAAGUGAUGAGAGCAGUGAGGUUGAUCCCAAAGCCAAGAGAGCCGCUCUUUGCUCCAUUGCCGGGCAGUAAUGGGUGUAUUACCUGUGCAGUGGUGGGCACAGGAGGGAUCCUGAAUGGCUCUAAGAUGGGGAAAGAAAUUGAUGCUCAUGAAUACGUUAUCAGGAUGAAUGGUGCAGUCAUUAAAGGUCAUGAGGAGGAUGUGGGAAAUAGAACGUCUGUUUAUGUUCACACGGCCCACUCCAUCACUACAUCAAAGUAUAUUUUCAAGAAGUAUGGAUACACAGCGGCCCCCAGUGAUGAGGGAAUAAAAUACGUCAUGAUACCAGAAGGGAUGAGAGAUUUCAAUUGGCUCACAGGUCUUCUCAAAAGAGAGAGGAUUGCUGCUGGACCGUAUCGCAACUCACGGCCGUGGACCUACUAUAGCGGUCAGUUUAACGAGAGUCGCUUUUAUGUUCUGCACCCGGAUUUCCUCAGAUACGUUCGAAACAGGUUCUUAAAGUCUCGUAAUCUAAAUGCUACAUUCUGGCCAAUCGUCAGACCAACCAAUGGAGCGUUUACUGUCUUCUUGGCGCUGCAGACAUGUGACAUUGUGAGUGCGUAUGGAUUCAUGACCGAAGACCACAAGAAAUACAACAACUACUACUUUGAGAACAAUGUUAAAACACGUGUUAUUUUCUAUUCUAACCAUGACUACAUACUGGAGAAAAAUACAUGGAAAAAACUACAUGACAUGAAAGUAAUAAAGUUAUACCAAGGAGCGGACUCAGAGAAAGGAACAUAAUACUAACUCAAAUUAUGCUUUGAGAAUGGCAGUGCUGAUGUUGGGGGGAACUUUAGGUCAUUUUGUAGAAGAAUAAAAUAAACUAUUUAUUUAUUAA